GAGGUUUUAAACCAUUUGGGUCAUUUUAUCCGCAUAGAACGAGCAUUUCCCUCUUGUUGUUAACACUGGAAUGAAGAGGCUGUUCCAAUGAAUUUCAAAUCCUUGGCUUCAAGCUCAUCCAGAGAAGCCGCCACAAUGGCCAUGAUUCAAACCACUCCAUACAAGGUUCUGUCGCAAAGAACUCGCUCAACUUUUCGGGGCACAGCUUCUGUUGGCUUGUUUUAUUUCCGAGGAAGGUCUUCUGCGAAAGAAUUCUCCCUCUUUAAUAUCACACACUAUUCUACCCAUUCCAGUGAUGAGUUUGCUUCUUCCUCAAAGCGAAGGUCUCGGGGACCUGUUAUGGCUGCAAAGAAAGCGGCUGAAGGGGGAAAGCAGCAGGAUGGAAAAUACAAGCACACGGUCGAUCUGCCAAAGACAUCAUUUGGCAUGAGAGCGAAUUCUUCAACACGAGAGCCUGAACUUCAGAAAAUAUGGGAGGACAAUCAAGUGUUCAAGAGAGUUGUUAGUAAAAAUACAGGGGAAAACUUCAUUCUUCAUGAUGGUCCUCCGUACGCCAAUGGUGAUCUGCACAUCGGCCAUGCUCUAAAUAAGAUUUUAAAGGAUAUGAUUAAUCGUUAUAAGCUUCUUCAGAAUUAUAAAGUUCAUUAUGUGCCUGGUUGGGAUUGUCAUGGCUUACCAAUUGAAUUGAAAGUCCUGCAAUCCCUUGAUCAAGCUGCUCGAAAGGAUCUCACACCAAUAAAGUUGAGAGCGAAGGCAGCUAAGUUUGCCAAGCAAACAGUUAAAAAUCAGAUGGAAUCAUUUAAGCGUUAUGGAAUAUGGGCAGACUGGAAUAAUCCCUACCUGACUCUUGAUCCAGAAUAUGAAGCUGCUCAGAUAGAAGUGUUUGGUCAGAUGGUCCUUCAAGGUUUUAUCUACAGAGGCAGGAAACCAGUUCACUGGAGUCCCUCAUCACGAACUGCCCUUGCAGAGGCUGAGUUGGAGUAUCCGGAGAGUCAUGUUUCAAGGAGCAUCUAUACCGCUUUCAAAUUAGUGAGUGCACCUCCAACUUCAGGUGGCUUAUUGAAUGAGUAUCCAGAUGUUUGCUUGGCCAUUUGGACAACUACUCCCUGGACUAUUCCAGCAAAUGCCGCGGUUGCAGUGAAUGCCAAGCUUAUAUAUGCCAUUGUUGAAGUACAGUCAGUCUCCGAAGAUGUUUCUUCAUCUGCCGGAAAUAGCAAGCAAACGCCUGCUAAUUUUCUCAAGGAAGAAAAGAAGCCUUUCCUCAUUGUUGCUUCAGAUCUUGUGCCAACUCUAGAAGCAAAAUGGGGCCUGAAGCUUGUUGUUAGGAAAAGGGUGUCAGGUUCAUAUCUUGAGAACUGCAGGUAUAUCCAUCCAAUAUUUAAUAGAGAAUGCUCAGUUGUGAUUGGAGGAGAUUAUAUCACAACAGAGUCGGGAACUGGACUGGUCCAUACAGCUCCUGGACAUGGUCAGGAAGAUUAUGUCACUGGCCUUAAGUAUGGACUGCCUAUUCUUUCUCCAGUAGAUGAUGAUGGAAAGUUCACAGAAGAAGCUGGAAAAUUUUGUGGGCUUGAUGUACUUGCUGAUGGUAAUAUUGCUGUUGUGAAAUACUUGGAUGAGCAUUUGUCACUGAUCAUGGAAGAAUCCUACAAACAUAAGUAUCCAUAUGAUUGGAGAACAAAAAAGCCCACUAUAUUUAGGGCAACUGAGCAAUGGUUUGCAUCAGUGGAAGGCUUUCGUGAGGCUGUUAUGGAUGCAAUUGGCAAUGUAAAAUGGAUUCCACCUAAGGCAGAAAACAGAAUAUCUGCAAUGACUUCUAGCCGCUCUGAUUGGUGUAUAUCGCGGCAGAGGACUUGGGGUGUUCCAAUUCCAGUCUUUUAUCACCUCCAGUCAAAGGAACCUCUAAUGAAUGAGGAGACUAUUGAUCAUAUCAAGUCUAUAAUUUCUGAAAAGGGUAGCGAUGCAUGGUGGUACAUGAAGGUAGAGGAUCUUCUCCCUAAUAAAUAUCGUGAUAAAGCAUCCGAAUAUGAAAAGGGAACUGACACAAUGGAUGUAUGGUUCGACUCAGGCUCUUCUUGGGCUGCAGUUUUAGGAAAAAGAAAAAGCCUUAGUCUCCCUGCAGACUUGUACCUUGAAGGUAUGGAUCAGCAUCGUGGGUGGUUCCAGAGUUCUUUGUUAACAAGUGUUGCUACAAAAGGAAAGGCUCCAUAUUCCAGUGUCAUAACACAUGGAUUUGUAUUGGAUGAGAAGGGUUUAAAGAUGAGCAAAUCUCAGGGUAACGUUGUAGACCCAAGAACUGUGAUUGAAGGAGGGAAGAACCAAAAGGAUGGCUAUGGAGCUGAUGUUCUGCGUCUCUGGGUUUCCAGCAUAGAUUAUACAGGCGAUGUUAUGAUAGGUGCUCAAGUUCUCCGUCAAAUGUCAGAUAUAUAUAGGAAGCUACGAGGAACAUUGAGAUACCUUUUGGGAAAUCUGCAUGAUUGGCAUGCUGAUAAUGCUAUUUCAUACCACGAUCUUCCCAUGAUUGAUCAGCAUGCACUGUUUCAACUUGAAAAUUUUGUAAACAACAGCAGAGAGUGCUAUGAAAGUUAUCAGUUCUUUAAGAUAUUUCAGAUCAUACAGCGGUUUGUCAUUGUUGACCUAUCAAAUUUCUACUUUGAUAUUGCCAAAGAUCGUUUAUACGUUGGGGGCACGACAAGUUUUACUAGGAGAAGUUGUCAGACGGUUCUUGCAGAACUGCUCCUUUCUAUUGUGAGAGUGAUUGCUCCAAUAUUGCCUCAUUUGGCUGAGGAUGUAUGGCAAAAUCUUCCAUUCCAGUACACUGACAAAAAUGGCUCUGUUGCGGAAUUUGUUUUUGAAUCAAGAUGGCCAGCUUCGAACGAAACAUGGCUCUCUCUUUCUAAAGAGGAAACUGAUUUCUGGACUAAAAUUCUUGAGCUGAGAACCGAGGUGAAUAAAGUGUUAGAGAUUGCUCGUACAACAAAGUUAAUUGGCUCUAGCUUAGAUGCCAAGGUCUACCUCCAUACAUCGGAUUCUGGUCUGGCCUCAAGAUUGGUUCAAAUAUCUGCAGCCAAGAACGAUGCAGACACAUUGAAUCGGAUAUUCAUAACUUCCCAGGCAGAGGUUCUUCCAUCCUUAGAAGAUGACUGGAUUGCGAAUAUACCACAUAAAGGAGAAUGUCAAGUUGACGAAAGCAUUAAAGUUUGGAUUGGAGUGUCUCGCGCUGAGGGUCUAAAGUGUGAAAGAUGCUGGAACUAUUCACCUCAGGUUGGUUCCUUUCCAGACCACAGCACUCUUUGCAGCCGCUGCUAUGAUGUGGUUGAUAUUCAACAAGCUGCAGCUGAAGCUGUUGUCGUUUGAUCAGGCAGGCAGAUCCAUCAUUGCCUCUAGUAUUCUGGUAUGGUAUUAGUCCAAAUCCAUUCAUUCUUGGGUUUAAGCAGAAGCAGAGUUUUUGCAGAGAUAGCAUAAUUUGUACAGAUCAGUUUGAAUUUUGAUGAAAAUUACAACCAAUUGAAGGAUUUAAUGUAUAAUUUGUACCAUAGUUUA